UUCAAACCCAACACCACUUUUAACUAUUCCACUCUCUUUGUACUACUCUCUAUCCCCAUUCUCUCUCUUUUGCAUUAUUCUUGUGUAAAAGCGUAUAUAUAUACAUAUCAGGGAGUGCUUAUAUAUGUAUAUAUAAGCAGCAGUAUAUGGGUUCUUCAGGUCUUCCCAAACAGGCCAAUAAAGACCGUAAGACAAAGAUGGAACAAGAGAUUUAUGCCUUGGAUGGAAGUGUUGAUCGACAUGGUCGUCCUGCAAUCCGUACUAGAACUGGAACUUGGGUUUCUGGAAUUCUGCUUCUAGUAAAUCAAGGGUUGGCAACACUGGCAUUCUUUGGAGUUGGAGUGAACUUGGUUCUGUUCUUGACAAGAGUUAUAGGCCAAGACAAUGCAGAGGCUGCAAAUAAUGUCAGCAAAUGGACUGGCACAGUCUACCUUUUCUCUCUUCUUGGUGCCUUCCUUAGUGACUCUUACUGGGGAAGGUACAAGACGUGUGCAAUCUUUCAGUCCAUCUUCGUCCUGGGCUUGGUGUCAUUAUCAAUAACUACAUACACAUUCUUGAUCAAGCCAAGUGGUUGUGGAGAUAAACAAACUCAAUGUGGAUCUCACUCAGGCUAUCAAAUGGGAUUGUUCUAUCUCUCCAUAUACUUGAUUGCUUUAGGAAAUGGAGGGUACCAACCCAACAUAGCAACAUUUGGGGCAGAUCAGUUUGAUGAGAAUGACCCUGAAGAAGGGCACUCCAAAGUAGCCUUCUUUAGCUACUUCUACUUGGCUUUGAAUCUCGGGUCACUCUUCUCAAACACUAUUCUGGGUUAUUUUGAGGAUAAAGGAAUGUGGGCAUUAGGGUUUUGGGCAUCUGCUGUUUCUGCUACUCUGGCAUUAAUCUUGUUCCUUUGUGGAACUCCAAGGUACAGACAUUUCACUCCCAAGGGAAACCCUUUGUCUAGAUUUUGCCAAGUCUUGGUUGCUGCAAUAAGGAAAUGUAAUGUUGCGAUGAUCCCAAAUGAACAUGAUCUGUUCGAAGCCGAUGAAACCGAUUCCAAUCGAGACAGAGGCAGAAAGAUUCUUCACACUGAAGGAUUCAGAUUCUUGGAUAGAGCAGCAGUUGUGACAUCAAAAGAUUACACUGACAAGGUAAAGGAUAAUAUGCUUACUCCCAAUCCAUGGCGUCUUUGCGCGGUGACGCAAGUUGAAGAAGUGAAAUGCAUAUUGAGACUCCUACCAAUUUGGCUAUGCACUAUACUCUACUCAGUUGUCUUCACUCAAAUGGCAUCACUCUUUGUUGAACAAGGAGCUGCAAUGAAAACCAACAUUUCAACCUUCCACAUUCCGCCCGCGAGCAUGUCUAGUUUCGACAUACUAAGUGUCGCCGCCUUCAUACUCCUCUACCGGCGAGUACUCGAUCCUCUUGUUGCCAGGCUAAGAAAGGACCCAAAAGGACUCACUGAGCUCGAAAGAAUGGGUAUUGGGCUUGUGAUUGCAAUAGCAUCAAUGGUUUCAGCAGGACUAGUGGAGUUAUUCAGGCUAAAAUACGCGAAAAAGGGUUGUGAAAACUGCGAAAACUCAAGUUCCUUGAGCAUAUUCUGGCAAAUACCGCAGUAUGCACUAGUAGGAGCAUCUGAAGUGUUUAUGUAUGUGGGGCAAUUGGAGUUCUUUAAUAGUCAAGCACCAGAUGGAUUGAAGAGCUUUGGGAGUGCACUUUGUAUGACAUCAAUAUCACUUGGAAACUAUGUGAGCAGUUUGAUUGUCAGCAUUGUUAUGAAGAUUUCUACUAGGGAUGACAUGCCUGGUUGGAUUCCUGGGAACCUCAACAAAGGCCAUCUUGACAGAUUUUACUUCCUAUUAGCAGCUUUGACAACUGCUGAUCUUUUGGUCUACCUUGUGUGCGCAAAGUGGUAUAAGUAUAUCAAGUUUGAAGGGAAGAGUAGUGGAGAUCAAGGUGUGAUCAUAGUCUAAGCCAAAAAAGCCCCCCAUUUCUUUGAAGAGAAUUUGUUAUUUCUUGCUAUGAAACUAGAGAAAGUGCAUGCAUUUUCCACUUCUCUAAGUUGAGCAAAAACUAUAUAUAUAUAUAUAUAGGCAGUGUAAUAAAUGACUUAAUUGGAGUGUAUAAUUUUCCCAUGUCAUGUAAAGCCGGUCUUACACGUCUGUGCUCAACUCAACUGGUUAAUCAUUCACGUAUUGUUACACACAGUGCGGGGUUCAAAUCCUGCAACAA